CUGCGGCUCUAUGGAAUUUCAGUGUCUAUGUUAGAUAUCGUCCUCCGCGAGAUAUUUACGUUCUCCUGCGAAAAGUUUGGCGAAAACUUGCGGAGUUCUUCAGGAAAUCUUUAUCUUGCUGCUGAAUUCUUUUCAAGGUUAUCGGGUGAUUCAAUUCAGGUGCGCAAUGGUCAAUGAAAAAGAUGUGACCUCGGCCACAGAUGCAGAACCAUCAAAACGGUCCCAGUCAUCUACUCCACCGACGUUAACAAAUGUAUUCAGAAAUGACGGUAGUUUUUUAGAAAUGUUCAAAAAGCUUCAAGAAACUAGUGGCUCAUCACUUAAACCUCCAGCCGCCAAAAUACCUGUUCCUAGCAGUGAUUCAUCGUGUAGCAAAAGCAAGCCCUCAAUACCUUUUGUCGGCAAAAGGCGAGGAGGCAAAGUUUUACCUUGUGGUAAGGUAAAGAAAGUUAAGACAUCCGACACAGAGGAGAAGGAUGAUGAACCUAAAGACGCUUGGUCCCAAUAUUUGAAAGAAGUUAAAAAGUACAGAGAGGCCAACUGCGAUGAAGAAGAUAACAAAACUCGACCACUUGUAAAGUAGAUGUGUCACAGCCUAACCUGUAAAUUUUGUAUUCAAAGUGUAUUUAAUGACAGUGGGAUAUUGUGUACAUUUUAUAAAAAAUUCGAUUACUUUUUUCAUCUGUAUAUACUGUAAAUAUACACGAAUCAGUUUUUUUAA